AUGAAACAUGAACAGUGGUUGGAAAUAUUAACUUCGAUAAAUGAUGACUGUGGUUUGAAUGAAAAUAAUGUAAUUGAAAAAAUAAUAGAGAAGUUCGAAGCAUUAGAUCCAGGCAUAUAUGAAGAGUGGAAAAAUAACAGUUUUGAUGUAAACCAUGUAUUUAAAUCUGACCUCGGCUAUGGUGAUAAUUAUCAAACCCUGUUAAGUUUAGUUGCUAGUAACGGCUAUAUAAACAUAGUAAAAGUUCUAACAAAUAAAGGAGCAAAUGCUAAUGAACCAAAUAAGUAUGGAAGUACUCCUUUACUUUUUGCUGCUAAAAAUGGUUAUAUAGAAAUAGUGAAAGUUCUAAUGGACAAAGGGGCUAAUGCCAAUAUAGUAAAUUAUAAGGGUUUUUCUCCUUUGAACUGUGCUGUUCGCAAAGGUCGUUUAGAUAUAGUUAGAUAUCUGAUAGAUGAAAAAAAUGUUAAUUUUACGGUUGUUGACAACAAUAGCAGGACUCUUUUACACCAUGCUGCUGGUAAAGGCUACUUAGAUAUAGCAAAAUAUCUAGUGGAUGAGAAAAAUGCCGAUUUUACAGUUGUUGACACAAAUGGCUUGACUCCUUUGCACUAUGCUGCUGGUAAAGGCUGUUUAGAUAUAGUAAGAUAUUUGGUAGAUGAAAAAAAAUCUGAUUUAACAGUUGCUAGUAAGAAUGGUUGGACUCCUUUAUAUUAUGCUGUGAUGUGUGGCAAACUAGAAAUAGUAAAAUACCUUCUAGAUGAGAAAAAUGUUAACCUUGUGGUUGUUGACAACAAAAGCAGGACUCCCUUACACCAUGCUGCUGAUGGAGGUUACUUAGAUAUAGCAAAAUAUCUAGUGGAUGAGAAAAAAGCCGAUUUUACAGUUGUUGACAGAAAUGGCUUAACUCCUUUGCACUAUGCUGCUCGUAAAGGCUGUUUAGAUAUAGUAAGAUAUUUGGUAGAUGAAAAAAAAGCUGAUUUAACAGUUGCUAGUAAGAAUGGUUGGACUCCUUUAUAUUGUGCUGUGAUAUGUGGCAAACUAGAAAUAGUAAAAUACCUUCAAGAUGAGAAAAAUGUUAACCUUGCGGUUGUUGACAACAAAAGCAGGACUCCCUUACACCAUGCUGCUGAUGGAGGUUACUUAGAUAUAGCAAAAUAUCUGGUGGAUGAGAAAAAAGCCGAUUUUACAGUUGUUGACACAAAUGGCUGGACUCCUUUGCACUUUGCUGCUCGUAAAGGCUGUUUAGAUGUAGUAAAAUAUUUGGUAGAUGAAAAAAAAGCUGAUUUAGCAGUUGCUAGUAAGAAUGGUUGGACUCCUUUAUAUUAUGCUGUGAUGUGUGGCAAACUAGAAAUAGUAAAAUACCUUCUAGAUGAGAAAAAUGUUAACCUUGUGGUUGUUGACAACAAAAGCAGGACUCCCUUACACCAUGCUGCUGAUGGAGGUUACUUAGAUAUAGCAAAAUAUCUAGUGGAUGAGAAAAAAGCCGAUUUUACAGUUGUUGACAGAAAUGGCUUAACUCCUUUGCACUAUGCUGCUCGUAAAGGCUGUUUAGAUAUAGUAAGAUAUUUGGUAGAUGAAAAAAAAGCUGAUUUAACAGUUGCUAGUAAGAAUGGUUGGACUCCUUUAUAUUGUGCUGUGAUAUGGGGCAAACUAGAAAUAGUAAAAUACCUUCAAGAUGAGAAAAAUGUUAACCUUGCGGUUGUUGACAACAAAAGCAGGACUCCCUUACACCAUGCUGCUGAUGGAGGUUACUUAGAUAUAGCAAAAUAUCUGGUGGAUGAGAAAAAAGCCGAUUUUACAGUUGUUGACACAAAUGGCUGGACUCCUUUGCACUUUGCUGCUCGUAAAGGCUGUUUAGAUGUAGUAAAAUAUUUGGUAGAUGAAAAAAAAGCUGAUUUAGCAGUUGCUAGUAAGAAUGGUUGGACUCCUUUAUAUUGUGCUGUUGUAUCUGGCAAACUAGAAAUAGUAAAAUACCUUCUAGAUGAGAAAAAUGUUAACCUUACGGUUGUUGACAACGAUAGCAUAACUCUUUUACACCAUGCUGCUGAUGGAGGUUACUUAGAUAUAGCAAAAUAUCUAGUGGAUGAGAAAAAAGCCGAUUUUACAAUUGUUGACACAAAUGGCUGGACUCCUUUGCACUAUGCUGCUCGUAAAGGCUGUUUAGAUAUAGUAAGAUAUUUGGUAGAUGAAAAAAAAGCUGAUUUAGCAGUUGCUAGUAAGAAUGGUUGGACUCCUUUAUAUUGUGCUGUUGUAUCUGGCAAACUAGAAAUAGUAAAAUACCUUCUAGAUGAGAAAAAUGUUAACCUUACGGUUGUUGACAACGAUAGCAUAACUCUUUUACACCAUGCUGCUGAUGGAGGUUACUUAGAUAUAGCAAAAUAUCUAGUGGAUGAGAAAAAAGCCGAUUUUACAGUUGUUGACAGAAAUGGCUUAACUCCUUUGCACUAUGCUGCUCGUAAAGGCUGUUUAGAUAUAGUAAGAUAUUUGGUAGAUGAAAAAAAAGCUGAUUUAGCAGUUGCUAGUAAGAAUGGUUGGACUCCUUUAUAUUGUGCUGUUGUAUCUGGCAAACUAGAAAUAGUAAAAUACCUUCUAGAUGAGAAAAAUGUUAACCUUACGGUUGUUGACAACGAUAGCAUAACUCUUUUACACCAUGCUGCUGAUGGAGGUUACUUAGAUAUAGCAAAAUAUCUAGUGGAUGAGAAAAAAGCCGAUUUUACAGUUGUUGACAGAAAUGGCUUAACUCCUUUGCACUAUGCUGCUCGUAAAGGCUGUUUAGAUAUAGUAAGAUAUUUGGUAGAUGAAAAAAAAGCUGAUUUAGCAGUUGCUAGUAAGAAUGGUUGGACUCCUUUAUAUUGUGCUGUUGUAUCUGGCAAACUAGAAAUAGUAAAAUACCUUCUAGAUGAGAAAAAUGUUAACCUUACGGUUGUUGACAACGAUAGCAUAACUCUUUUACACCAUGCUGCUGAUGGAGGUUACUUAGAUAUAGCAAAAUAUCUAGUGGAUGAGAAAAAAGCCGAUUUUACAGUUGUUGACAGAAAUGGCUUAACUCCUUUGCACUAUGCUGCUCGUAAAGGCUGUUUAGAUAUAGUAAGAUAUUUGGUAGAUGAAAAAAAAGCUGAUUUAGCAGUUGCUAGUAAGAAUGGUUGGACUCCUUUAUAUUAUGCUGUGAUGUGUGGCAAACUAGAAAUAGUAAAAUACCUUCUAGAUGAGAAAAAUGUUAACCUUGUGGUUGUUGACAACAAAAGCAGGACUCCCUUACACCAUGCUGCUGAUGGAGGUUACUUAGAUAUAGCAAAAUAUCUAGUGGAUGAGAAAAAAGCCGAUUUUACAGUUGUUGACAGAAAUGGCUUAACUCCUUUGCACUAUGCUGCUCGUAAAGGCUGUUUAGAUAUAGUAAGAUAUUUGGUAGAUGAAAAAAAAGCUGAUUUAACAGUUGCUAGUAAGAAUGGUUGGACUCCUUUAUAUUGUGCUGUGAUAUGGGGCAAACUAGAAAUAGUAAAAUAUCUUCAAGAUGAGAAAAAUGUUAACCUUGCGGUUGUUGACAACAAAAGCAGGACUCCCUUACACCAUGCUGCUGAUGGAGGUUACUUAGAUAUAGCAAAAUAUCUGGUGGAUGAGAAAAAAGCCGAUUUUACAGUUGUUGACACAAAUGGCUGGACUCCUUUGCACUUUGCUGCUCGUAAAGGCUGUUUAGAUGUAGUAAAAUAUUUGGUAGAUGAAAAAAAAGCUGAUUUAGCAGUUGCUAGUAAGAAUGGUUGGACUCCUUUAUAUUGUGCUGUUGUAUCUGGCAAACUAGAAAUAGUAAAAUACCUUCUAGAUGAGAAAAAUGUUAACCUUACGGUUGUUGACAACGAUAGCAUAACUCUUUUACACCAUGCUGCUGAUGGAGGUUACUUAGAUAUAGCAAAAUAUCUAGUGGAUGAGAAAAAAGCCGAUUUUACAAUUGUUGACACAAAUGGCUGGACUCCUUUGCACUAUGCUGCUCGUAAAGGCUGUUUAGAUAUAGUAAGAUAUUUGGUAGAUGAAAAAAAAGCUGAUUUAACAGUUGCUAGUAAGAAUGGUUGGACUCCUUUAUAUUAUGCUGUGAUAUGUGGAAAACUAGAAAUAGUAAAAUACCUUCUAGAUGAGAAAAAUGGUAAUUUUACGGUUGUUGACGACAACAGUUUGACUAUUUUACACUAUGCUGCUUAUAGAGACUACUUAGAUAUAGCAAAAUAUCUAGUGGAUGAGAAAAAAGCCGAUUUUACAGUUGUUGACAAAAAUGGCUUGACUCCUUUGCACUAUGCUGCUCGUGAAGGCUGUUUAGAUAUAGUAAGAUAUUUGGUAGAUGAAAAAAAAGAUGAUUUAACAGUUGCUAGUAAAAAUGGUUGGACUUCUUUUUAUUAUGCUGUGAUAUGUGGCAAACUUGAAAUAGUAAAAUACCUUCUAGACGAGAAAAAUUUUAACCUUACGGUUGUUGACAACGAUAGCAUGACUCUUUUACACCAUGCUGCUAAUGGAGGUUACUUAGAUAUAGCAAAAUAUCUAGUGGAUGAGAAAAAUGCCGAUUUUACAGUUGUUGACACAAAUGGCUUGACUCCUUUGCACUAUGCUGCUCGUAAAGGAUGUUUAGAUAUAGUAAGAUACUUGGUAGAUGAAAAAAAAGCUGAUUUAACAGUUGCUAGUGAAAAUGGUUGGACUCCUUUAUAUUAUGCUGUGAUAUGUGGCAAACUAGAAAUAGUAAAAUAUCUUUUGGAUGAAAAAAAUGUUAAUCUUAUGGUUGUUGACAACGAUAGCAUGACUCUUUUACACCAUGCUGCUGAUGAAGGUUACUUAGAUAUAGCAAAAUAUCUAGUGAAUGAAAAAAAAGCCCAUGUUGAAGUUUUUGACAAAAAUGGCUUAACUCCUUUGCACUAUGCUGCUGGUGAAGGCUGUUUAAAUAUAGUAAGAUAUUUGGUAGAUGAAAAAAAAGCUGAUUUAGCAGUUUCUAGUAAAAAUGGUUGGACUCCUUUAUAUUAUGCUGUGAUAUGUGGCAAACUAGAGAUAGUUAAAUACUUUCUAGAUGAGAAAAAUGAUAAUCUUACGGUUGUUGACAACGAUAGCAUGACUCUUUUACACCAUGCUGCUAAUGAAGGUUACUUAGAUAUAGCAAAAUAUCUAGUGGAUGAGAAAAAAGCCGAUUUAACAGUUGUUGACAAAAAUGGCUUAACUCCUUUGCACUAUGCUGCUCGUGAAGGCUGUUUAGAUAUAGUAAGAUAUUUGGUAGAUGAAAAAAAAGCUGAUUUAACAGUUGCUAGUAAGAAUGGUUGGACUCCUUUAUAUAAUGCUGUAAUAUGGGGCAAACUAGAAAUAGUAAAAUACCUUCUAGAUGAGAAAAAUGUUAAUUUUACGGUUGUUGACAACAACACUUUGACUAUUUUACACUAUGCUGCUUUUAGAGACUACUUAGAUAUAGCAAAAUAUCUAGUGGAUGAGAAAAAAGCCGAUUUUACAAUUGUUGACAAAAAUGGCUUGACUCCUUUGCACUAUGCUGCUCGUGAAGGCUGUUUAGAUAUAGUAAGAUAUUUGGUAGAUGAAAAAAAAACUGAUUUAACAGUUGCUAGUAAAAAUGGUUGGAAUCUUUUAUAUUAUGCUGUGAUAUGUGACAAACUAGAAAUAGUAAAAUAUCUUUUAGAUGAAAAAAAUGUUAAUCUUAUGGUUGUUGACAACGAUAGCAUGACUCUUUUACACCAUGCUGCUAAUGAAGGUUACUUAGAUAUAGCAAAAUAUCUAGUGGGUGAAAAAAAAGCCGAUGUUGAAGUUGUUGACAAAAAUGGCUUAACUCCUUUGCACUAUGCUGCUCGUAAAGGCUGUUUAGAUGUAGUAAGAUAUUUGGUAGAUGAAAAAAAAGCUGAUUUAACAGUUGCUAGUAAGAAUGGUUGGACUCCUUUAUAUUAUGCUGUUGUAUGGGGCAAACUAGAAAUACUAAAAUAUCUUCUAGAUGAGAAAAAUGAUAAUCUUACGGUUGUUGACAACAAAGGCAGGACCCUUUUACACCAUGCUGCUGAUAAAGGUUACUUGUAUAUAGCAAAAUAUGUAGUGGAGGAGAAAAAAGCCGAUGUUACAGUUGUUGACAAAAAUUGCUUGACUCCUUUGCACUAUGCUGCUCGUAAAGGCUGUUUAGAUAUAGUAAGAUAUUUGGUAGAUGAAAAAAAAUCUGAUUUAAAAGUUGCUAGUAAAAAUGGUUGGACUCCUUUAUAUUAUGCUGUGAUAUGUGGCAAACUAGAAAUAGUAAAAUAUCUUCUAGAUGAGAAAAAUGAUAAUCUUACGGUUGUUGACAACAAAAGUAGGACUCUUUUACACCAUGCUGCUUAUAAAGGUUACUUAGAUAUAGCAAAAUAUCUAGUGGACGAUAAAAAAGCCGAUUUUACAGUUGUUGACAGAAAUGGCUUCACUCCUUUGCACUAUGCUGCUCGUGAAGGCUGUUUAGAUAUAGUAAGAUAUUUGGUAGACGAAAAAAAAGCUGAUUUAACAGUUGCUAGUAAGAAUGGUUGGACUCCUUUAUAUUGUGCUGUGAUAUGGGGCAAACUAGAAAUAGUAAAUUACUUUCUAGAUGGAAAAAAUGUUAAUCUUAUGGUUGUUGACAACGAUGGCAUGACUCUUGUACACUAUGCUGCUGAUGAAGGUUACUUAGAUAUAGCAAAAUAUCUAGUGGAUGAGAAAAAAGCCGAUUUUACAGUUGUUGACACAAAUGGCUUGACUCCUUUGCACUAUGCUGCUCGAAAAGGCUGUUUAGAUAUAGUAAGAUAUUUGGUAGACGAAAAAAAAGCUGAUUUAACAGUUGCUAGUAAGAAUGGUUGGACUCCUUUAUAUUAUGCUGUGAUAUAUGGCAAACUAGAAUUAGUAAAAUACUUUCUAGAUGAGAAAAAUGGUAAUUUUACGGUUGUUGACGACGACAGUUUGACUAUUUUACACUAUGCUGCUUAUAGAGACUACUUAGAUAUAGCAAAAUAUCUAGUAGAUGAGAAAAAAGCCGAUUUUACAAUUGUUGACGAAAAUGGCUUAACUCCUUUGCACUAUGCUGCUCGUGAAGGCUGUUUAGAUAUAGUAAGAUAUUUGGUAGAUGAAAAAAAAGCUGAUUUAACAGUUGCUAGUAAGAAUGGUUGGACUCCUUUAUAUUGUGCUGUUGUUUGGGGCAAACUAGAAAUACUAAAAUAUUUUCUAGACGAGAAAAAUGAUAAUCUUACGGUUUUUGACAACAAAGGCAGGACUCUUUUACACCAUGCAGCUGAUAAAGGUUACUUGGAUAUAGCAAAAUAUCUAGUGGAGGAGAAAAAAGCCGAUUUUACAGUUGUUGACAGAAAUGGUUUAACUCCUUUGUACUAUGCUGCUCGUAAAGGCUGUUUAGAUACAGUAAAAUAUGUGGUCGAUAAAAAAGGUACUAAAAAAAAUACUUCUCUAUUUCAAGCUGUUGAAAAAGGUCAUUUGGAUAUAGUAAAAUACCUCAUAGAAGAAAAAGGAGCUGAUAUUAACAUUAAAGAAAUAAAGGGUAGGGGUAUUUUACAUUUUGCUGUCCAUAGUGGUAAUUUGGAUUUGGUAAAAUAUCUUAUCGAAAAAAAAGAUGCUAAUAUUAAUACUAAGGAUAUAAAUAAUCACACUCCUCUAUGUCAAGCUGUUGAAAGAGGUGAUUUAGAUGUAGCAAAAUACCUCAUAGAACAAAGAGAAGCUGAUAUUAACAUUAAAGAUAAAGGGGGUAGGACUAUUUUACAUCUUGCUGCCCACAGUGGUAAUUUAGAUAUGGUAAAAUAUCUUAUAGUCGAAAAAUGUUUCGAACAACAUAUAAAUACUAAAAGAAUUGAUAACGGUUGGACUACGCUACAUGAAGCCUCUUCCAAAGGCCACCUGAAGAUAGCAGAGUUUGUUAUAAGCAAAGGAGCUGCAUUAAAUGCGAGUGAUAGAUAUGACAACACUCCUUUACAUAAAGCUGCUAUGAAAGGAUAUGUGGAUGUAGUAAAAUUACUUGUAAGUAAAGGUGCUAUCCUUAAUCCAAAAAAUUGUAAUGGUUCUACACCUCUGCAUUGCAGUACUAUAGAAGGACAUUUAGAUGUGGUGAAGUUUCUUGUAGAAAGUGGAGCUAAUUUCAAUAUUAAAGAUGACUAUAAAAAUACUCCUAUGGAUUUAGCCCUUAAGCAUCGUAGAAAAAGUAUUAUAGAAUUUUUUAACAGUACACCCAGCGCUAGACUUGAAGGAGUAUCUGUGCGUAGCAAAGUCGCCCCCUUACUUUUUUAG